GUUUAUGCUGAGCUGUCGUCAGACGGCUUCGACGGCGCGCUGGACGACUCAUCCGACAGCGACGCGGCGCACACGGCCCAGGCGGGCGGCCGGGCUGCGCGCGGCGGCGGCGCAACCGCGGGCGGUGGCGGCGGCGGCGGCAAUGGUGGCGGUGGCGGCGGUGGCGGCGGCAGGGGCGGAAGCGAAGCGGGCCUGCGCAGGCGCGGCGAAGGCGACGGGGGGCACGUUAUUGGUGCAGAGGCGGAUGUUAUAGAGGAGGAGGGGCAGCAGGAGCAAGAGCAGCAGCAGGAGGGAGGCGGGAGGGAUGGCAAAGGAGACGGACACGACGGGGAGCCCGGCAGGUAUCCCCGGCGCGUCCGCGGAGCUGCCUCAGAGGACCCCCCCUACAACGGCCGGGGCGCGGCCGGCGAGCAGCAGGCGCGCGCGCGAGACGGCGACCGGCGUCGCGGCCGCGCCCCCUCAGC